UUACAUCAAUCCAGGGACGCUGCACUGCUGCUCGGAAUAUCCGAUUCCCGAGGUGCAGCCGACUGCGCCCUAACUCAUUCGACUCCAGACGACAAGCCACCGAAUCCAUCUCGGACAGAAAUUCGGCAAUGGGAAAGCCAGCUACCGCUGUCAUCGAAUCAUGGGGAACCGGGGGAAAGGACUCCGCAUAUUGCGGAGGGCCGGCCAAACCCCAGACAUUGAUUAAAUAUUGGCACCUAGGCCUGAGAUCGUUCAUGCAGGGCCACCUGCACUCUCCGAGAACCCUUGAAGUAGCUGCAGCCACCAAAUUACCCUCCCGCUCGUGAUAAUGAGAGUCCCAUCAUUAUCCGCAUCGCUGCUACUGCUGCUGCUACCCACGCAAUGCGUGACCGCAACCUCCCACCACAGUGACGACGCAUUGACCGUGCACACCAGCACCGGCAGUUACACCGGCCUCUACAACCCAACCUAUCCCUCCGUCCGCGAGUUCCGCGCCAUCCCCUACGCACAACCCCCCGUCGGCUCCCGCCGCUGGCUGCCCCCUCACCCACUCCCGGCCUCCAACCAGCACCACAAUGCCACGCAAUUCCCCCCGGCCUGCUCGCAGUACGUCUACCGGGGCCCCUCCGUCUUCGGCACCCUGGUGCCCGACUUCCUGAUCUCCAAUGCGCCCGACCAAAACUCCACCGCCGCGGCAAUGGCCCAGCACAGCGCCGAAGACUGCCUACAACUGGCGAUCUGGACGCCCGCCAACGCAACCGCGACCUCCAACCUGCCGGUGCUCGUCUUCUACAGCGGGGGGCAAUUCCGCACCGGCGGGAUCCGCGUGCCCUAUCAGCUGCCCGCCGAAUGGGUCAACCGCACGCAGGGCCACAUCGUCGUGACGACGAACUACCGGCUGAACAUCAUGGGGUUCCCCAACGCGGCCGGCCUAUCCGACCAGAACCUGGGGAUCCUCGACCAGCGCGCCGCGCUGGAGUGGGUGCACGCGCACAUCCGGCAGUUCGGGGGCGACCCGCGCGCCAUCACGCUGUGGGGCCAAUCCGCCGGCGCCAUGAGCGUCGACUACCACACCUACGCCUUCCCAGAGAACCUGCUGGCGCGCGCGACCAUCUCGCAGUCCGGCACGGCCCUCAAGACCACCCCCAGUCUAGACACCACGCACUCGAACUUCACCUUUGUGGCGAAAAACCUCGGGUGCGAUUUCCCCCACCACCCCCACAAGGAACUCGAAUGCAUGCGCCAGGUCCCCGUCGAGAAAAUCCAGAAUUUCAUCGGCCGCUACGGCGACGCCAAGACCGUCCCCACCAUGACCUUCGCCCCCGUCGCGGACGAGAAGGUCAUCUUCGCGGAUUACCCGGCGCGCGCCGCGAAAGGGCUCAUCGCGAAGACGCCGGCAAUUAUCUCGAACUGCGCCAACGAGGCCGCCCCGCUCUACCCCUUCCCUACCAAUAAUCUGACGGCUGGCCCGUGGCAGGAGGGCGUGAAUGCGGUGACGCUGCGCGAUUGGCUGUGCGUCAGUGCGAAUACGAGUAUGGUGCGCCAGCGCGCGGGGCUGAAGACGUAUCGGUAUCAGUUUGCGGGCAAUUUUAGUAAUGUGAGUCCGUUGGGGUGGAUGGGGGCGUAUCAUUCGAGUGAUUUGACGAUGAAUUUUGGGACAUUUGGGUUGGUGCGGGGUGAUGAGACGACGGGGGAGGAGGUGAGGACUAGUGAGACGAUGCAGGAUUAUUUGUUGGCGUUCGCGAAGGAUCCGCUGCAUGGGUUGGAAGGGAAGGGGUGGGUUGCGUUUGAUGCUGAGGCCGUGGGAGGGGGAGUAAUUAAGAGGUUUGGGGCCCAGGGGGUUGCUGAGGUCGAUGUUGCGGGUGAUGAGGUGCAGGGCGCUUGUUGGGGGGAGGGAGCGUAUGAUCCCUUUCCCUAGGGGGUUUCUGGGUAUGGGUAUGGGAUUAGUGGCUGAUGGGCUGAUGAUAGGUUUGGACGAAGGUCUUACAGGGUUAAUGAUGAUCUCAAAUUAGAGUCAGGUCCUGUGGAUUAAUGCGGAUAGGGACGCCAGAUGAGUAAACACAUAAUCAGCCCUGUCUACCGGAGACCUCGUCAAAUUCUUAUCAUAUGUAGGGCAAUG